AUGAGGCCCCAGCUGAGCCGGGCAGGGCCGGGGAGAGGCAGCCCGGGGUCCUUGCCUGGGGUCCGGGUCCUGCCUAUGAGCAUCUCUGCUGCGGGGGGCACCGGCUCCCUCCUUUCCCAUGGAAAGCACUUGCUCUGGGCCCCUGGGAGGCCCUUUCUCACCCUGGUGCUGCUGGUUUUCAUCAAGCAAGCCACAGGAUCUCUCCUUGAGGAGACAACUCGGAAGUGGGCUCAGUACAAAGAGAAGUGUCUAAAAGACUUACUUAAGAAACCUUCUGGCAUAUUUUGUAAUGGAACCUUUGAUCAGUAUGUGUGCUGGCCUCAUUCUUCUCCUGGAAAUGUCUCCGUUCCCUGCCCAUCAUACCUACCUUGGUGGAAUGAAGAGAGCUCAGGAAGAGCCUACAGACACUGCUUGGCUCGGGGAACUUGGCAGACCCUAGUGAACACCACAGAUAUUUGGCAGGAUGACUCCGAAUGCUCCGAGAACCACAGCUUCAAACAAAACGUGGAGAAUUACGCCUUGCUGUCCACUCUGCAGCUGAUGUACACAGUGGGAUACUCCCUCUCCCUUAUCUCCCUCUUCCUGGCUCUCACCCUCCUUUUGUUCCUUCGAAAGCUCCACUGUACACGCAACUACAUCCACAUGAACUUGUUUGCUUCAUUCAUCCUGAAAGCCCUGGCUGUGCUGGUGAAGGAUGUUGUCUUCUAUAACUCUUACUCCAAGAGGCCAGACAGUGAGAGUGGAUGGAUGUCCUAUCUGUCAGAGAUGUCCACCUCCUGCCGCUCCGUCCAGGUUUUCCUGCACUACUGCGUGGGUGCCAACCACUUAUGGCUGCUGGUCGAAGGUCUUUACCUCCAUGCCCUGUUGGAGCCCACGGUGCUUCCUGAAAGGCGGCUGUGGCCCAGAUACCUGGUGGUGGGUUGGGCCUUCCCUGUGCUGUUUGUGGUGCCCUGGGGUUUCGCCCGUGCACACCUGGAGAACACGGGAUGCUGGGCAACAAAUGGAAAUAAGAAAAUCUGGUGGAUCAUCCGAGGACCCAUGAUGCUUUGUGUAAUGGUUAAUUUCUUCAUCUUCCUGAAAAUUCUCAGGCUUCUCAUUUCUAAGCUGAAAGCUCAUCAAAUGUGCUUCAGAGAUUAUAAAUACAGACUGGCAAAAUCAACACUGGUCCUCAUUCCUUUACUGGGUGUCCAUGAGAUCCUCUUCUCUUUCAUCACUGAUGACCAAAUCCAAGGAUUUUCAAAACUCAUACGACUCUUCGUUCAAUUGACAUUGAGCUCCUUCCACGGGUUCCUCGUGGCCUUGCAGUACGGCUUUGUCAAUGGAGAGGUGAAGGCUGAACUGCGGAAGUUCUGGGCCCGCUUCUUGCUCGACAACCACUCAGGCUGUGGAGCCUGGGUCCUGGGGAAGAACUUCCGGUUCCUGGGGAAAUGUCCCAAGAAUCUCUCAGAUGGAGAUGGUGCCGAGACGCUUCGGAAGCUGAAGACCUCUCCUGACAGCUCACACCUGGCCACACGGGGCCGGGGGGAGCUGGGUGCUCAUCCUCACCGGGGCCACACAGCCUGGCCCCGUGGCAGCAGCCUGUCGGAGAGCAGUGAGGGGGACUUCACCCUGGCCAACACCAUGGAGGAGAUUCUGGAAGAGAGUGAGAUCUAG